CAUAUUUUUGUUUACUAAACUUGACAAGAUGAGUUCACCACUAAAAGAAUUUAAUAAAAAUUGGUGGAUAGAGGUGUACAACCGCAUUAUUGGUGCAAUCGUGUUUAUUGAUGACUGUACAGCAGAAAGUCUUCAUUGGGAUGGCGGUCUAUUCAAUUUACUGCAGGGAGGAGCAGUAGGAGUCAAAAGCUUGUCACCAUUUGAGUUUGGCCUAAAAGAACAACAUAAAGCAGUUUUCUUGACUCAAGCAACAAGCAACCAGUUACAGAGCAUCAAAGAUAUUGUGUCAAACAGUAACUUUACACACUGUAUACUGAUAUCUUGUGCUAGCUUAGAUGUGGUAUACUUAGAGUUGAAUGAAGGAAAAGAUGUCACUGAUGUAAUAACAUCAGGAAAAGCUGUUUCUGAAGCUACAAAAGAGUUAGAAAGAAUGUUGAAGGAUGCAAUUGGUAAAGAGCAAUAUGCCGUUGAAGUUAUCUAUAUCCCACUAUUCUCAAUCACACCUACUAAUGUACUGUUUCUAACGCCGCCAUAUCACAAUAUGUAUCCUAAAUAUGAAGGUAGACUUAAACCUGACUCAAACUCGGUGGAUUUGUAUUCACUAUCACAUAAUGAGAGGUCAGCAAUACGAAGAUUGGCAGGAGGCUUGAACAGCUUAUUUGAGUCAUUGAGUUAUAAAGAGGAAAUUUUUUAUAUGGGACAGUUAAGUUCUUUAUUAGCUGGUGUUUUGGAAAAUUCUCCUGUCUGUAUUGCUAGGAAAAAGACUUGUACAACACCAAUAUCACUCGUCAUAAUUGACAGAACAUUGGAUCUAUGUGGGGUGACAAGCCAUUCAACAGAAUCAGUAAUGGACAGGAUGAUUGCAGUUCUGCCAAGGUUUCCAGGACAUUCUAAUGAAGUUGCCGUCGAUAUGACUCCACUCUGCCAAGUUACUGUAGUAUCUCAUCCAGAUGACAUCCAAAUGAGUCCAGGAUGUGUUUAUCAUGCCAAUGAUGACUCCUGCCUACAAACAUACGACUACAUGAUCAAUAAAUCUCAAAAAGAGGUCAUGCUUGACCUCUACAACAAACUGUCGAAACUUGACCUACCCAAGUCUCCAGGACUAAAGACAUUGCUAAAGGUGACGCCACAGAGUGUUGAAAAACUGGUCGCAGUCUCCAAAGGUAAUAACGAAAUAAUCUGCAAUCACGCGGGCAUUCUCCAACAAGCACUAGGAGUGGUGCAGAUGAUCAAGUCACCAAAUCGAUCACAGUUUGACCUGGUUACCAGUCUUGAGAAGCAGGUCAUUGAGAAUUUGGCCGCUAGUCGUGAGUCCACCAGCGUCUUGCAUCAGCUGAGUCAUUUAAUAAAGUCUCGUAAGGACCGAGGUCUACAACUAGAGAAUUUGCUGGCGUUACUAGUUCAUGUAUACUCGCUAACUGGUGCCGAAGUGGUCUUCAACAAGCAACACGAAGACCAACUACAGGAGACCCUCAGUGUUGCCAUAUUCGAGGACCAUAAGACCCUGCUCACUAAUGUUGAAACUGGGCACAUUGUGACUCCGGAGGAGUGUGAACAGAUAUCUAUAAAUAUUAUGAGUGAUCUCAAGACUAUUUCGCAGAUGAGGAACAAUCUACAGAGGUACAACUCAGUGCUGAAACAAAGUGAGAACGGUGUGGGUCACGAAUACCGCGGGGUCCUACAACAGCUGGUUGACGAUCUGGUUAAUACGGAACGACCAGACCUCCCCGACCUUCGACACCGGAACGAGGGCAUCAAGGAUCUGCUGAGGAGUGGCCUUAAUAUACUAACCAGCAAGAAGGCUAGAGGUGCGAAGCAUCCGUUGGAUAAUCAGACUGUGAUCGUAUUCGUGAUUGGUGGCAUCACCGCGGACGAGUGCAAACAACUGAACCGGAGUGUCAUCACCAGCGGCAUUGACAAUAACGUGAUCAUCGGCUCCACUAAGUUUGUGAACCCCGUCGAUGCCAUGAGGGAUGUACUGACCUUAUAGCGGUGUGCUGAAUGAUCCAAAAAGAGCUGGAGAUUGUUUAAGGGACAGAAGUGGUAGUUGUAAGCUGACAGAGUUUAUUUGUGUUGUGUUUUGCUGACGGCCUUACAUUGUUUGUAAGAGAUAAAUUUGUUUUCAAGGACUCUCAGUAUUUGGGCAGUGUAAUGUUACGCGUUUCGUCACGGGUGAAACAAUUGAGUGCUGGAAAUAACAAAGGGGCUAAGUGAUUUAGACAUAAAACAAAGUAAAUUACAAAAAACUGUUUAUUCAGAAAAAAAUACUGCAAAGCUAUAAAGUAUUGUCUUAAAUUCUAUUCAGUCUUCAUAUUUCUAUAUUUAUAUCUUAAUAAAAAACAGUAUGUCACUUAUAGUAUUCUAUUUAUAGCACUUUAAAUACAAAAUAAUAAGAAAAUUGUUAAAAGAGUUAGCCUAUUUCAAUAGAAAGGUGCUAACUGUCAUAGUACUUAAGCUUGCAAUGGUGUUAUUUGUGUUCAUGUAUUUAUUUGUAUCUAUAGUUAUAAUUACUUACACAAAUUCAGUACUCUUUGUGUGCUUCCUUUUCUAAAUAGUCUAUCAUAGCUAAUAAGUCAGCCUUUUUCUCUUUUUGUAUAGUAUUUACCCUAUUAGAAACUUCCAAGUUUAAAUUUAACAAAUCAUUUACUCCCUUUCCUUUUUUCCAUAUUUUAACAGCAUUAAAAUCUUCUAUUUCUGAAAAGGUCUCUUUCAUAUACCCAUACAGCAUCUUUACACCAUACCAGGAUCUUUAUAAUCAAUUUUUAACCAUACAGCUUUGGAAAUGUUAAAUUUUUUUGUAUUGAUUAUGUUGUCAGUAGCUUUUUCAAUAUCAAAAAAAUUUAACUGUUCCAUUGGAACAAUCUUGAAAUAUGGUGGAUUUGUUCUAGCUGUUGACACCAUAUUUUGUAAAUCUUCUGGCACAUAUGACUUACACCGUUUCUUACGUUUUUCUAUAACCCCAAAGUCCCUAUCACAAGGCAAAAAUGAGUGACCAGAUAACAAAAACUUAAGAUUAAUUUCUUUAUAAUGACCCAAAGCAACAAGCAGUAUCAAAAUGAACAGCACCAUCCUGUUUUUAUUUUGCCCGGCACAGUUGUCACUCCAAAUUUUCAGUAUUUCUUUUGGUGACAAUUUAAUACUAUUAUUAAGCUUCAGAAUGCAUGAAGCAAUUUCAUUUCCUCCUCUUCCUCCCAUACUCUCAUUCCACAUGAACAUAAAGGAUUGAGCAUUAUCAUUCAGGUGUACACAAAAAUUAUAACAAGACUUGCCUUCUGUAAAACAUUUCACUGUGUACUAGAGAGGAUACAAACAUGACUUGUUGCAUAUCAAUAGAUAUGCAAUGAAGAUUGCUACCUGGUAAUUGUGAAUCUGCUAUAUCACUGGUCAUUGCACUUGUAGCAGCUUCAGCCUUUCUAUGAUGGCUUUGAAGCUCCAGAAUAGCUUGCCUUUGUUUUGCUUUGGCAAGGCAGUUCAAUUUAUCACAUAUCUUACAAGUGUCAGUUCGAGGUUGUUUGAAGGAAAGACUUGGGAACCUUUUAAGAAAGACAGAUUUGUAAUACUUAUAAGAUACCGGCACAUCUGGGUGAAGCUCAUUAUAUGCUUUACAUAGCCUGUGGAAAUUUAAUUUAGGACUUAAAUACUCUUUAGUGCUGUGGUGUCUAGUGUAGAUGCUUACCUCCUUUGGCAACCUCAUAAUGUGCAUAACCACCAUGUUUUCAUGCAAUUCAGUGUAUUUUUUUUCCUUAUGACUAGUUCUUUCAUCUUUGUAAAUGACAAAUCCUCUCUUUUUUUAGAUAUAAUGGUUGCUAAUUGUUUUCGACCAAGUGCAAAUAUUUACAUGAAAGUUUUCUUGCACCAAUGAUCCUGAACCAUCAGGAAUAUUAUAAUAGACCGUGUCUCUUACCUCAACGCCAUUAUUUUAGUGGUUUUUAGCUGGUCUUAUACUUAAUAAUGACAAUAUGUAUGUACCUUGACCACUCUCGUCAAGUUGAUAAUAUUUGUUGAAAAGAUCAAGUUUAAACUCUGACGAUAUCUUUUUGCAGUCAUAAAAACAAUUGCAUGUCACCUUUAAUGAAAAAAACGAGAAUAAUAUUGGUACUUAUAUCGUGUCUAAAUAUGAUUUUACUAAUGUGCAAAACAUCAUUUACAUACCUCAGAUGAUGUAGGUAAUUUUGGUGGGAUAAGGUCAUUUUUACACGUCAAGUAUCUUUCACCCCUGAUUUUCUUCUUCUUUUCCUCUGUUUUAUGUGUUCCUUCACCAUUUCUACGCCUUUUUCAAUGAUUUUCAUCCAUUGUGGUGUUUUUCCACGCAAGAAAUACGAAACAUAUGACCACAGAUAGCACAAUAAAAAAAUAUUAACAUUUGACAGAUAACACCAUUGUAAGAAAAACUUCGUUCUUCGUUCAUUGACACCAAUGCCAUCUUUAUUGAAGGUUAGGAACUAAUACACGAAAGUAAUGGCUUAGCACCUUUGUAACGUUAUUGGCGUAUACAUUAAGCACCUUUCUAACUAAAAAAACACAAUUAAAUUUUGAAUAGUUAACACCUUUGUAAUUUCCAGCCCUCAAUUGUACUUCAGUAAGUAGCAUUACACCUGGGGACGACCGCUGCCAAACGAUAGCUGAUUGGAACUGGCGUUCCAGUCAAAAAAAAAAUUCAAAUUCAAAAUUUCUAUAUUUGGUAUUAAAUUGUAACAAAAUUACUUAAAUCUACUUAUUAAAGCAAUUUACAAUUAAGCCUUA